AUGAGUUCUGCUUUUUCAAAUCGCCGGAAACCUCGGAAGAUUGGGGGAGAUGAGGAGGAGGAAAAUAAUGGAGCAGCGGCAAAUGGUCAGUCACUAAAACUAAAUUCAGUCUACUGUUAUCAACAUCUAACCAUCCGACUUAUAGAACCUGUUGUCAAAAGACCAACAAAAUCGAAACCCAAGUCAAAACUACGCAUGUCGUUCAAUCCAGGCGGCACUUCAAUGGCCGAGGAGGAGGAAGAACUAAACGAAGUCGUUAUCCCGAAGCGACAUGGACUAGGGCGAAAAGCGAUGGAACGAAAUACGUCACAUCGUAACAUCCUCCCUUCAUCUGCGGCUGAACAGCUCUCUGCACGAUUCGGCCAUGAUCAAGAUCGACCCAGCUAUAGUAAUGAUCAUUUGAAAGAGUUGAAGGAUUCCACACCCUCUACACCAAAAAGCACAGAGGACGAGGCGAAAGCAGUCGAUGUCGCAGCCAAAUUUGGCGAAGUUAUGACUGUGUCUGCCCCCUCCGCCAUCCCGAGCGAAGCGGAGAUUCGAGAGAAGAAAGCUAGGCGAGCACGUUUGGCCCUGGAACACAAUGCGACCUCAACGGAGGAAGACUUCAUGGCGCUGGAUGACGGUGCCGUAAGCGACGAUGAUUGGGAUGCCAUAGCUCGUGGCGAAAAGACGGCUGAAUCCGCCAAGGAUACACGACUUGUACCCGACGACGAAGAUUUUGCCGAAGGUUUUGAUGAAUAUGUGGAGGAUGGAAAGGUCUCACUUGGAAAGACAGCGGAACGUGAGCAGAAGCGCAAGCAGCGUGAAGCUAUGCGUGACCUGAUCAAUGACGCGGAGGGGCUUUCUGAUGAGGAAGAUUCUGAUGUUGAAGAGAAAGCUGCGUACGAAGCCACUCAAACCAAGGCCGCGAUGGGGCAGAAGCCAAAUGGCACUGAUCGUUCCCGUACGCCUCCGAAGGUGACAUCCUUGCCCCGAUUGUCACAUAGCCUUGAAAGACUACGGACAACUUUAGCCUCGAUGCAAACUUCCAAGACCCAAAUGAUCAGUCGUAUGGAAGAUCUCCGAAAUGAAAAGGAAGAUAUUGCUGUUCGUGAAGUCGAAAUUCAGGCUAUGAUAAAAGAGGCGGGAGAUAAUUAUGAGCGUUUGAAAAAGGAGGCUGGCGUGGAUCCAUCCACCACCGAGCAGACGUCGGCAGGUGCGUUGGAGAAGACUCGAGGUCUGGAAAGCAUUGGCGCGCCGUUGCCAAUGUCCGAUUCAAGCGCGGAAGAAUCUUGA